AUGUCCGGAUCUAGUAAUGAAUUUCCUUUGGCGCAGUUGCAAUGUUGGACAAUCAUUGGUCCGAGUGAGCUGUCACGAUUGGAACCAAAUUGUCCUGGAACUCGCUUGUGGCAGCCAAUUGGCGUUCAAGGUCGCAUCAAAACGGUCCAAAAUAUCGCAUUUUGGGCGACAACGACAGGUGCAGAGCAUGUUUCACAACCGGAGCGAGAUAAUCCGGCCCUAGCGGGCGCUACCGAAGACGCCGCCGCCAUGCACCCUGCGCCGCCCUUUCUCGGUCUCGACUUUUCGACCCAUUCAACCGUCGGAUCCGACUAG